AUGUCUCAACAUACAAAGAUUAACAAUUCGGUUUGAUGCAGACUCACUUUUUCCUCAUUCUCAUUGUUUUUAGCGCAAAAACGCAGCAAAAUCUCAAUCGGAUAUUACGACCGCUCAGGAACAAGAAAAACCGAUCGAAACUCUCAAAAUGGUAAUAUUUUUCUCUGCAAUUAUCUCACUCAGAAAUUUAGGAAGAUAAAGUGGAGGACAAUCUUAAACCAGAAACUCUCCCUACUCAACCAGAAACGUAUAUUUUUUCUAUAUCUUCCUCUGGAUUUUGCUCGUUGUCCGAAAUUUAGAAGUGUUUUUUGUAGGAGAAAUCACGUCUUUUUUUUCAUUCUUGUAUGCAAUAAGUUUGAAGGAGCGAUGAAAAGAAGAAGCUCGAGACGCGAAAGAGAGGCCGUCCGCCAGGAGUUAUUCGCCGUGCUGUGGAUAAGGCGAAGCAAAGGAAGAAAAAGAGAAAGAACUCCAAUGUCGCUUUCUCCUACUACAUACAUAAAGUUUUGAAACAAGUUUUUUUUUCUGAAAAUUUCAGAUCAAAUAUUUCGCCUGUCUAGGUGCAUCCCGAUUGCAAAAUUUCGGCACGAGCUAUGUCCAUCAUGGAUUCAAUGGUUAACGACGUCAUGGAAAUGCUCAGCGAUCAGUCUUCCAAACUCACCGAGGUCGCCAAGAGAAACACUGUAACGGCCAGGUUAUUUGCUUCUUGGAGCUUUUGAUCAAGGCAAUUAGCAGAAUUUAAAGUUGAAAUGAAUUGCUAACUUUAGCAAAGUUUUCUAAAAGGUCUUUUUUUCAGAGAAAUUCAAACUUCUGCUCGUCUUCUUCUCCCUGGGGAGCUCGCCAAGCAUGCUGUUUCGGAAGGAACCAAGGUAAUCCUCAAAAUAUAACUUAUGAAGUAGUAAUAAUUUUUGUAGGCUGUCACGAAGUACAUGAGCAGUAUUUCUCAAUCGGGAAAAACUACUUUCUGA